AUGGGAGGGCCAAGACCCGGACUGCGGCCACUCCGAAGGGCCCGCGGCGCUGCCGCUGCUGCCAGCGCCCGUCCGCCCGGCUCUGCCCGCGGCGCCGCCCCACGUCCCGCGCCUCCGCCUGUCCCCGCGCCGGCGCCGCCGCCGGACCCGCCGCACAGGCCGGAGGGAGGGGCCGGGGCGGGGCUGCGGACCAGCCGGGGGAGGGGGCGGCUCGGAGACCGAAGACCCACCCACGCCCCGCCCGCCGCCACGGAGGCCCCGCCCGCCCCUACCCCACCCGCACCGCUCCUCCAACUCUCCCGAGGCUCCUGCAGGAGCUGCCUCCCCUGUCGGGCUGGGGAAUCCUUGAGCAGGAUCCCGGAUCCCGGAUCCCGGAUCCUCGAUCCCCGCCAGCUGCCUCUGGCUCCCGACGGCUCCAGGAAAGGGCAGCGCAGUGGGUCUCAGGGACUGGGCGGACGCUCCGUCACGAAAAGGCAGCUGGACAGCAGGGUGUUCGGACUCUGGGAGCCGGAGCCCCCUCGCGAGGAAAUUAUGGUUCAGACCAUCCAGCGACUCCCUUCCACCCUCCAAAGACCAGAGCAAUUCUCAGAAUCAUCGCCUUGUGGAAAAGCAGCCCCGGUGGAAAAUAAUAAAAAGUAUAACAGUUAACAA